AUGACGGCGGCCUUCCCCGAUCGGUCCAGCUCCAGCAUUACGACGGCCCGGAUCCACCCCUCCGAGACGACACGGCCUCUGAUUCGGCACCGCAGCGGCGGAGAUUCAUCUGGCCGUGCGUCGUCGUCGCCGGCGGCGCUGCGGUACACGGUGUGGAAGAGGUCCAGCAUGGGCUUCCAGGGCACCGACGGCUACUCCGUCUACGACGCCGCCGGCGCCCUUGCCUUCCGCGUCGACAACUACUCGCGCCGCCGCAAGAUCUUCGUCGGCGAGCUCCUGCUAAUGGAUGGCCAAGGCUCGCCUCUUCUUGCCCUCAGGCCACAGAUCUUCAGCACGCACGACCAAUGGAAUUGCUAUAAAGCAUCAGAAGAAAGCCAAGGCGAGAGGACAAGGUCACAUCAACUCUUCUCGAUGAGAAAGUGCUCGGUUUUGCAAAAGGGUCAUAUAGCUGAAGUGUCCAUGACAGGAUGUAACACUGCAUCAGACCGUACCGGUCAUGGUCCCAGCUUCUGUGUCGAGGGCUGCUUCAGGAGAAGAAGCUGCAAGAUCCACAACAGUGAUGGCGAGGAGGUGGCAAGGAUAAUGAGGAAGAAGGCUGAAGCCGCGGCGAGUUCUUUGAUGCUUGGUGACGACGUGUUCAGCCUCAUGAUCCAGCCGAAUGUGGAUUGCGCGAUGAUCAUGGCUUUCAUCGUUGUUCUGGAUCGGAUCUGCUGGAGGCCGUUCACACCCAUGAUCUGCUCCUCAUAGCCCUUGGUGAUGAAUCCCUUUCUGACUACUAUAUAUGCAUGAUCACUGAAGCAAAGAGAGCACAGUGAUUUACAAAAGGACGGAUAGAAAAUGUAGUUCGCGAAAUGCAGCUGUAAAUCGGCCGCAACUGAAUAAGGUCUAACUUGUCAAAUUUAUGUAGAUACAACUUUGCUGAGAACGUAGCAUCACUUGAGCAAUGCAUCUAGAGAGUCAACUGUGUGAGUUGCCAGUUAUCACCAAUCAUGGUAACAUCAGAGCAGUAUUAUGCUAGUGGUUUUCACCAAGAAGCAGCAUUGGAGAUGCAAAAGAGAAAGUGACCAGUGCUUGUUGAAUCCUGAAAGAGAAGUUUGCUGAUUCAGCUAAUUAACCAGUGGCUUAAGCUAUCUUUGGUGCUGCAUAGAAAAGUUGAGUGUUCACAUUGAAGACUAAACACAACUAGUACUCUUAUUCCAUCCAUGCCUUUUUGUCUGUCAAGAUCUGCUGUAAACCUCAUAAAGAGAAAAGAUUCACAGGACAUUUGGCAUAUAUUGCCGAAAGAGCAUACCAUAUUCAGUGCAUGAGAGAACUUUCUACCAAAAACGUCAGAAGAAUCAAGGAUGAAAAAGUUCAGGAAAUAUUACAACUCAUCACUAGUCUUGUACUGACCAACAGUCUUUUUAUAUUUCUAUUAAGAUAGUUUUUCCAUGUUGGCUGUAUUUAUAACUGCAUAAAUUAUGCAAUAUGAUGCUAAAGAAUUU